AUGAAUGUAUUCCUUAUCCAUCUGAUUGAUCACUUGUUUCCAUCCAGGGCCCAGCAAGGAUCAGGAGGAGAAAUUGGAGCCACUGCUUUGCCUGUCCUUGGAUCCUCUGGGUCUUAUGGGGAGAGCCUGCUGGGAGAGGCCCAUGACACCCUGGCUGGAGGCACCAAGACCAGUGUGGGGCUGACCAUCUCAGCCAGCCACUGCUUCAUGCAGAAUAAGCUUGACAAGCCCAGCAAUGAUACAAAUGAGGAUUGGCAACAGAAUCCAUUGAGUUCAAAGAAGACUGUGUGA